AUGGGCUUUUCAGACGCCAAAGUGACCAAGGCCCUCAAAGUGACGAAAAAUGCUGGAUUACAGCCAGCAAUGGAUUGGUUGUUUGAACACGCAGAGGAUCCUGAUACUGAAAUGGCGGAUGCUCCAAGCUCUGCUGCAACAAAAGCUAGUGAUGAACAGGAAGAUGGUGAAAUCACUGCUGCUCAGCAAACGGCCAAUUCUCUUGUCUGUGAUGAUUGUGGGAAGCUGUUCCGUGAUUCUGCCAGAGCUGAAUUACAUGCCGCAAAAAGCGGCCAUAUCAACUUUUCUGAGUCUACUCAAGCUAUAAAGCCAUUGACAGAUGAGGAAAAGAAGCAAAAGUUGGUUGAGUUGCAAGCUAAAUUGGCUGCAAAACGUGAAGAGAAACGAGCUCUUGAACUGGAAGAAACCAAAGAAAAGGAAAAGAUUCGUCGAGUCACAGCCAAGGAGAUUGCAGAAGGUCGAGAAAAGCAUAAAGAAUUGGAGAUGAAGAAGGCUUUUGAAGAAAAGAAACGUGAACAGGCUGCUGACAAGGAAGCCAAAGCCAGGAUCAAGGCGUUGCUUGAACAAGACAAGUUGGAUCGUCAGAAACAGCGAGAUGCUGCAAAACUAGCAGCACAAGGAAUAAAACCUGCUCCUGAACCUCAACAACCAUUACGACCUGCUGUAAUAGCUACUCCAACAGGCGAAUAUGACACAACCCGACUCCAACUUCGACCAUCCGAUGGGCCAGCACUUGUACAAACCUUCCAAGCCACUCAAACUCUAGCAGAUGUGUAUGAAUGGGUUGCUACGCAACGUGGCGCAGGCUUCAAACUUGUACAGACAUUUCCUCGCAAGGUCUUGGAUGUAUCUGUUGAUGGCUCGAAGACUUUGAAGCAGUUGAAUUUGGUGCCUAGUGCUGCGUUGGCAAUUCAAUAG